AUGAUACCCCCUUGCGACCCCUCCAUUCUUGAGAACAAUCCCCAAUUUAAACGACUCUACGAAAAUCUCACAACAAACUUAUUGAAUCCCGAUGGAUCAACUCGUGCGCACAGUGCAGACCCGACCCGAGAAGCUGUCGCGGAGGACCUGAAACAAUGUCAGAUCCGGAGUACGAAGAAGCGGAUAAAGGAGCGGACGCUCAAGCAGCUGGCGUCUGCAGCAGACAGCAGUCUCCCGAACGAGUGCCACGAUAACUUAGCUAUCAUAACCCUCUACCUCGAGACACCACGCAGCGCAAUCGACCCAGAGAGCCCCCAAAACACCGAGGAACCAACCAAAGACAAUGCGGCCUCUCUCCUGGCCCCAGAUAUUGAAAUAUUCUACUCGCACAUCCCAUCCCUGAUCCUCCCCUUCUCAAACAUCCUCUCUACCGCAAUCCACGAGCUCCGAAGCCUAUCAACAACAAACGCAGAGGAAAGCCCAGACACAGAACCCUUGCAGGAGAAGCCACAAAACAUCUCCGCCCAUUACCGCUCAACGUCGAACCACUAUGCUCGCGCACGCGCCCGAGACCGACGGCUAUCAGAUCGGGUCCAGACUCUCCGCCGUGUCCAAAUUGCAGAUCUGCCAGCUGCACGCCGGAAGAUGGCUGCAACCGCGGCUGAACUGCUGGCAGUACAAACACAGGUACUAGAGCGGGUAGUUGUGCUUCUUGAACGGGUAAAAUAUGGAGUUUUCGCGCGAGCGACGAAGGCAAAGGCGGAGCAUCUGGCUACUGUUGCGCAGGGGGUUGAAGGGAAGUUAGAAGUAACCAAACUCGAGAUUGCAGCAACUCUCUAUACACCCGAGACAUUGGCUGCGCUCAGCCGGUACCAGCAACAUAUCCGAGAAUCCAAGAACCGCCUAGAAGAGCGACGAGAACUAGCCAUGGAGGAACUGUCGCGUUACGGAGAUGUCCAAGCCUCCGAAACCACGGGCCUAGAUCGAAGCGGACCAGGAGGCACGAUGAGCGAGAUCGCCCGCCGGUAUGGCUCCCUAGCAAAGGAAGUCGAGACCGUGAGAAUGGAAAUCGCCCGCCUUGGCGAGUAA